AUGAACGAUGAGUCUGAGAGCAAGAACACAAUCAACACACGGGUUUACGUGGUUAGGCAAUUUGCAUACGUCCACGGAAGGGAUGAGAUGUUUAUUGCUAUCACUAUCUCGGAGAUUACACAGAGAUGGAAACAAGAAGAUGAAAAACCUCACAAGAGCUACUCCACUCUACAAUGCUUCAAUCCCAUGCAACGCAUCUAUCCAUGCAGCCUCGACUUGGUGAGCUGGCUGAACGAGCCACGUACUCAUUCCACACUCAUUCAUGUCACGGCCGCAUUCAACACGGGAAAUGAUCCUCCUCAAUAUCAGGCCGUUGCAUCAUUUUGGCAUGAGCAUGCAUGGGAUGAGGAUAUGCUGCAUAGUUUACCUUUCAUGUUUAGCGUACCUCCCGAUGUGAUAGACCAGAUCAGAGCCACGCCGAUCGAGUUGGGGGCGAAGGAUGUGAGGCGGUGGAGUCUGACUAGCCAUGGCGAGUUCUCUGUGACCUCAGCCUGGGAGAGCAUCCGAACUAGAUUGCCGAAGAGGGAUAUUUUUGGUCUUAUUUGGAACCAGGGGUUGACUCCUACCAUGUCGGUGUUCAUUUGGAGGUUACUGUUUGGUAGGCUGCCGGUGGAUGAGAAGUUGCAGAGGAGGGGGAUUGAGUUAGCGUCUAGGUGUCAGUGUUGUAGGUCUCCUUCGGUCGAGUCUCUCAGUCAUGUCUUUUUUUUUUUGAGUCAGUCGGCGGUUUCUGCAUGGGAGUAUUUCGAUGCCUGGUUUCCUUCCUCGCACACACCGAUUCACACGAGCACUGAUAUUGAACUUAGACUAGGUCACUGGCUGAGGUCCUCCUUCCAGAGGGCUCCUGCCAUGCACAUUAGUUUUCUUGUUCUUUGUUUGAUUGCUUGGUUUCUUUGGACAGAGAGGAAUGGCUACAAGCAUGGCGGUCGUCCUUUUCGUCAUUCACAUGUUAUUUGGCAGGUCACUCAUCACCUGCAUGUGCUUGUUCUGGCUGGCAGGAUCACCCAAACUCAUUGGAGGGGAUGCUCACCGUCGGUUGAUUUCAUGUCUUACUCCCCCAGACAGCGUGUUCUGCGGUCGCUCAUGGUCCUAUGGCAUCCCCCUGAUGCACCUUGGGAGAAGCUGAACAGUGAUGGUGCCUUCUCUACAUCGACACUGGAAGCGGGGGAGGGAGGAUUGGUUCGUGGUUCUGAUGGAGGACUGUUGCGGGCCUUCUGUUCUCCGGUAGCUGCAUCAUCGACCUUUGAGGCGGAGCUUCUGACUCUGAUUCGAGGUUUGGAGAUGGCUAUGGAGCUUUCUACUCACAUUUGGACAGAGCUGGACUCAGCGGCUCUAGUUAGUUUGUUGUUAUCUGGACAUCUAGGCUCUGUAGAUCUUAGACAUCAUAUGGCUUUGUUCCGGAGUAUGACAUCUCAGCGGCAGGUUCGAUUCUCACACAUCUACAGGGAAGGGAACCGGGCUACUGACUUUCUGGCAGGUAGGGGGUCCAGACCCCUGCCCUUACAUACUUUGAUCCAAUCUCUGCGCCUCGGUACCUGA